CAGUCCUUCCAACCCUUGCUUGACGGGCCUGUGAGGACCUGUUGUUUCUUUUUCCCUGCUUCUGGUUCAUUCUUCCCUGGGUGUGACAAGAUGGUAGACUUGUUGCUAAUUCCCUUCCUUUGACAACCCUCAAGAAGACCCAUCAUUGCUCUCCCCCCAACGGAGACCUGCGUAUCGACGAUUCCGCCGCUCCCUUUGAGCAUUCUGACCGCCAUCCGACCCAAAACUUGUGACCGAACACCGGUCUUUGCGAAGAAUAUUGCCAUCCUAAACGUCUCUCUGCUCUUCCCUCGCCAACCUGCCUCGCUUUCGAAGAUUCGGUCUCGUCCUCCGUCCUCUCUACUACUCUCGCUACAACAUGGCGCAACCUUCACCCCUCCCCAAACCGAGCCAUUCUGGCCGGUCAAGUCCUAGCCUCACCCCCACGAACGCCGCGGCCGGCCAGAAGAGGAAAAGAGCCGUCGAAAGGAAAUUCUACGCAGUGAGGGAGGGGAAAGAGCCUGGCAUCUACGAAACCUGGCCCGAGUGCUUGAGCCAGGUCAAGGGAUUCAAGGGCGCAGUGUUCAAGACAUUUCAAAACCUCCAUGAAGCUCAAGCGUGGAUGGAGGGCAAGCCUUUGACAGAGUCCAGAGUUAACCCGGCGGAUCAGAAGUACUAUGCCGUCCAGAGUGGGAAAGUACCUGGAGUAUAUACGGAUUGGACACAGGCUCAGGCUCAGAUUCGCGGCUUCAGCAAACCCAAACACAAGAAGUUCAACACAAGAAUCGAGGCGGAGGCGUUUGUGGCGGCUGGGAAAAAACCCAGCGGUCCCGAUCAAGCACAAAACCUCACCCCGGAGGAGGAAAUCCGACGUUUGAUCGUACGGAAUUCCGCUCCAGGCUUACAGAUCAACGGCACGUAUGCGCCCACGGACAAGGAUGGCAAUCCCUACGAUGUUGCGAGACGACCGUUGCCACCAGGCGCGGAGGACGGCUAUGAUCCAAACGUCAAGUUGACACCUGACGGCAGGAUUGUGGAUCGGACCGAGGAUGAAAAGAAUCGGACCAAGAUGAUGGCAAGAGAGAAGAACCCUCCGGGUAUGCUUCGCAUCUACACGGACGGCUCGAGCUUGAAGAAUGGCCAAGCGGGAGCCAGAGCAGGAGUCGGGGUGUUUUUCGGACCUCAAGAUCCCAAAAAUGUUUCCGAGGCACUCAAGGGCAGCAAGCAGACCAACCAACGAGCGGAAUUGACGGCCAUCCUGCGGGCGUUGAAUAUUGCUCCUUUGCACCGAGAAAUCACUAUUUAUACGGACAGCAAGUAUUCGAUUGACUGCGUGACGAAUUGGUACAAGAAUUGGAAGAAGAACAAUUGGACCAAUUCCAAGGGCAAGCCGGUUGAGAACAAAGAUUUGGUCGUGGAGAUCCGAGACAAGAUCGAAGAGAGAGAACAGUUUAGUAAAGGCACGUAUUUUGUUUGGGUCAAAGGUCAUUCCGACAACCCGGGCAAUAUCGCGGCGGAUCGACUGGCAGUGGCCGGGGCAAUGAAUGGACGCGGAGUCGACUCCAAGGAUGGCAAGGAGGAAGAGUCUGUUCCAGAUGAUGUCAAGCAGAGAAAUGGUGCCGAACGUGAUGACGAAGACGACGAGACGAAAGAAGCAUUUGGUGCGAUGAACGAAGCCAUGGAAGAUGAAUGAUUGUACUUGGGAGCUCGAAUCCGGCCGAUGCACCCAAAGGGGGUGGUUGCUACAGUAGACAUGGUGAUACUUGAGACUAUUGAACUGUGAAUUGGCGUCAUUGAGCUCAAAAUUAAACCUGGUUGUGGGAUCGAACAUUCCUGGGCUUAGUACGAAUACCUGAAUCGAG